UAUCUUGAGUGUUUUAUGACUUUCACUUUAGUUUUGAAUCACAGCUUUAGUCACGUUAUAACUGAACUUCAAGUCCCAUAGUUCCGUGUUAUUAGUUGUCCCUUUGCUAUUACUUCCUCUUGCCCUGCGCAGGCUCACAUCGCCACAGAAUGCGGAUUUCGAAGCUAAUGAGAAUAGCUAGCCAGUAAGCUAAAAACAAGCUUCUUGUUGUUAGGGUUUAGAAGGGUACAAUGUCUAAAACGUAUCCACAGCCCCCGUCAUCUUCGGUAGCGACGACUGCCGGAGGACCCUCUUCGUCCUCUUCGUCUUCGUCUGCAGGGGGGUCAACAUCUCCUGCAACCGUGUUGAACGUGCAGCCCGAGAAACCUCAACAUUACACAUAUCUGAAGGAGUUUAGAACGGAGCAGUGUCCCCUGUUCGUACAACAUAAAUGUACACAGCACCGUCCUUUUUCCUGUUUCCACUGGCACUUCCUGAACCAGCGACGCCGCAGACCAAUACGCAGACGGGACGGAACCUUCAACUACAGCCCAGAUGUUUACUGUACCAAAUAUGAUGAGGGAACAGGCACCUGCCCCGACGGAGAUGAGUGCCCGUUUCUGCAUCGAACAGCAGGUGACACAGAGCGCAGGUACCAUCUCCGCUACUAUAAAACUGGAUCGUGUAUCCAUGAAACUGAUGCAAAAGGCCACUGCAGCAAGAACGGCUCCCACUGUGCAUUUGCUCACGGAUCACAUGACCUGCGCAGCCCUGUUUAUGAUAUCAGGGAAAUGCAGGUGAUGGAGUCUCAAGGAGGCUCAGGGACCACGGAAGGAGGUGGAGGAGAUGGGCAGUCGGGACAGGCAGCGAGUACAGCCCUCAUAGAGAAGAUCUUGAGUGAGGAGCCACGCUGGCAAGAUAAUGACUACGUGCUGUCCCAUUACAAGACAGAGCUCUGUAAGAAACCACCUCGCCUGUGUCGUCAAGGUUAUGCCUGUCCGUAUUAUCACAACAGCAAAGACAGGAGACGCAGCCCACACAAGCACAAAUACAGAGCGUUGCCAUGUCCUGCGGUGAAGCAAAGUGAAGAGUGGGGAGAUCCCAGUAAAUGUGAGGGAGCUGAGUCAUGUCAGUACUGCCACACGAGAACAGAACAACAGUUCCACCCAGAGAUCUAUAAAUCCACCAAGUGCAAUGACAUGCAGCAGUGUGGCAGCUGUCCCAGAGGGCCCUUCUGUGCCUUUGCUCAUGUUGAAAAGCCUUUUGUUCCAGAGGAGCCAUCAUUCCCCAACCCCAGCUCCCCUCCACCCCCUAGGCCUCCAGACCCUAUUCCUGUCCAGGAGGUUUCUGCCAGUCCCGGUAGUCACAACAUGGGGUCUUGCUCUAUCUCGGACCCCUUCUCUCCUUCUGCAGGCUCAUGUGUAGCAGAGCAGGGCUUGCUUGGUAGCGUUUUGUCUCUGUGUGAGGACAUGAGUGGAUCUGCAGAGCCUCAGUCUCCGUGGGCGGGAGAGGGAGGAUACGGCAGGGCACCUGGGUUUGAGAGGGAAGAUCAGGCCAAGCAAAGGGGUUUUGCUCUAGAGCAGCGACACAGAGAACUAGCAUCAACUCAGAACAAACAGGACCUUCAGGUGUUUUUGCCAGUUGGCAGCCCUUUGAGUCUGUCCUCCAGUAUCCCCUCUAGUCUGGCAGCCACACCGCCUAGCCCUGCUCCUCUUGGACCCCCAGGAUCCAGCAUAUCCUCUGGAAUGAAUGCUAAUGCCUUGCCCUUUUACCCGACUAGUGAAACGGUGGAAUCAGUUGUUGAAUCAGCCCUGGAUGAUCUCGACCUGAAUGACUUUGGUGUGUCGGCGUUGGAGAGAAGCUUGGAGAGCAGCUCCGCCCUGCCCAGUGUGGGAGUCAUGCUGGGAGGUAGCCAGCUUCAGAGUUCUGCCCCAGUGAACAUCCCAGGGUCUUUUAGCAGCUCCGCUGCUUUUAGCUCACCUUCACCAUCUCCCCCAGUCAGGCCGCAUGCUUCACCGUUCUUCUCUACUCAUCUGUCCCAACCUGGCCAAUCAGAGAGCAGCUUCCUGGGACCAUCUCAUAGCUCUUUAGGUCUGAAUGGUAUGAGUACUAAUAUCUGGGAGCAUUUCCCAUCAGGCCAGGGGUCUCCUGGUACACCUCCUACCCUGCUGCCCUCUGCUCCCUGUGCAGAGACCUCCAGGCUCAAACAGGAGCUGGAGGAAGCUCACAGGACACUGAAGCACUGGGGUCACAGCUGGAGACACACAGCUCAGUCGUUUGCGGCACUGAAAGCGGAUGCAGAGGAGUCACGUGCCCAUGCAACGCGGUUAGCCGUGGAAGCAGAAAGAGCCAGGCAGGCUGAGGAGGAGGCGCAGAGACAAGCUACUCUCCUGCAGGAGGCGCUGGAGAGCUUAAGAAGCGGAGAUAAUCCUCAUCUGUCACUGCACCAACUCCAGCUACUACACCGGCUGCCGUUGGAAUCAGUCCUCAGUUUACAGGCUCAGCUUUGUACCUGCUUACAUGCUGUGGAACAGGUGGUGUACAGGAAACAGAGACAGUGCUGCGUGACGUGUGGAGAGCAGGGCUCGGUGUCGCUGCCCUGUGGCCAUGGACUACAGUGUGAGAGCUGCUCCACUUCUACAGAUUGCCCACUGUGCCCUGAACAGAGCCUGGAACAGCAGCUCUCUUGACCUCACAAUUCAGUGGGACCACCACAGAUUCCAGACCAGUCAGUCCUGAUUCCACAGACACCAGCCUCGAAUUGUGGCAACAGUUCAGAAUUACCCAGAGGUCAUUUUGUUAUUUGGUAACAAAUCAAGCACUGACCUAGUUGUGUACUUCUAAGAUGAGAUUUACUUACAAAUUGCCAGCUUGGUGAGCUGUAGUCACUAAGUAAAAGCUCUUAAUGUGGAACUUUGAAUAAUGUUUCCAGUGUUACCAGUGGAACAAUUUCUUUUCUUUUUUUUAUCUAGAUGAUGCUUUUGACCAGCAACACUGUUCUUUCCACCUGCCCUUGAGUUGUGAAAAUCACUUUAAGACCUGCUGUCAUUUCUUGUGUAACCCUAGCUAUGAAACAUUUACACAAAUAGUUCUCAAUUAUGUUUUUUACUCUGAACAGAGUGUUUUCCAUCCAUGUGCAACAGGUCAGCAAUUUAUUUUACUUUAUUUGUUUUAUUUAUUGUUUAAUAUUUUUGAGCCAUCCUAACAAAAAUCAAGAGGUCUGAAUGAGAACACUUAAAGGGCAUGGUUAGUUUCAUCUAGCAACGAGUCUAUAUUGUUACAGUCAAAAAGAGGAUAUCCCAGUCUACUGAGAUCACAUUUCUAGAUUUUGCUGCAUUUUUUUUCUCCCUCUCUUUAGCUAAGCAAAAUUAUUUACUGGUCAUUAUUAACAGAAAUGUAAAAACAAUAGUAGGAAUAUUUGUUUGAAUUUACAACAGAUGGCCUCUGUUUAAAGCACUCAGGUUUUCUCUAAUAUUCUUCUACAUAAACUGGAAGAAUAAGCAUGUUAACACAAUCGAGGCAAACAUAGUCAACUUGUGUACUCUUUGAAAAGACAUAUUUUUAAUUUUUACUUUUUCAUGUUAACUCAGACAUAAGUAUUUUUAUUAAAACUGGCCCCAUUGCUGUGUUUAAAUCAACGCGCAACAGGUUUCUCUGCCAAUAUUUUAGCAUUUGUAGUAAUCUUUGACAUUUCAGCGUCAAAUGUAGUCUUAUAUAAUAUAUAUAUAUAUAUAUACACAUACACACACACACACACACACACACACACACACACAUAUGGAUACACACACACACACAUAUGGAUACACACACACACACACACAUAGUUAAGUGAUGUCAUACUUAUCUCUUGCACUGAUUAGACAAAGCAUCAGGAAGCAUACAGGUAUGUAAAGCUGUGUGAGGCUCAAAGUGUUCAUGAUCACUGUGAUGGUCUUCAGUAAACUCAUGCUCAGCAUAAGGUCCACACA